AUGUGUAUUAGGCAGCUCUCGCUGCUCCUUCCCCUCACAGUUGCACUCAUCGCCACUCCCGUUUGCUCGACAGCUGGCACUCCGCGGCGGCAGUUGCGGAAGGCGCAGCCAGCAGUGACACCAAACGCCACGCUCGUCCUGCUUGCGAACAACACGUUCGGCGCUAAAUGCCUCGACGGAAGCUGGUCUGCGACGUCUUCCCUCCUCGCUGACUCCCCGUCGCACUCUUCCGCCCUCCCGUCACCCCCCUCGCCAUGUCCCCGCGUGCACACAGUGGCGACGCGCCGUGGGCUCUCUGGCAGCUCAGCCACCCGCGGGAGUUGCCGCCACGCGGAGCAGCUGGUCGGCGCAGCCGCCACUUCCGCCUUCCAGCGCCUUCGACCCGCCCAGAAACCUCAAACACCCCGUUCCCUUACCUUUCCCCUCUACCUCGGCCCGCGCAGUCCCCCCGGGUACUACUUCCGCCCAGGCGCGGCAACGGGCCGUCUCCGGUGGCACAUCUACCUGCCCGGAGGCGCGUGGUGCGUCACCCCCGCCGACUGCGCCGCCAGAGCCGGCACGCGCCUGGGGUCAAGCAAGAGCUUCCCCGCCAACCCCCCGCCCCGCGCACUAUGCGGCGCAGCUGAGGCCGCCGUUCGAGGGCAUUCUGUCGGGCAGCGCGCAGCAGAACCCCGCGAUGUACCAGUGGAACCUCGUGCGCCUCAUCUACUGCGAUGGGGGCGGGUACGCCGGCACCAGGGUGCGCUCAACGUCUCUGCUGCUGCUGCUGUCCCUCCGAACGCAAGCGCCGCUGCCAACUCAACGAGCCCUUCCAAUUCCACCAAGUCAACCAAGUCAACCGUGCACGCGGUGUCUUCAACCUCAUACUGCCAUGGCACCAGCCACUCACCACUAGGUCCCCAUUUCCCGCUCUCCCUUUCGCCCCUCCUUGACCUCGUCCGGCCUCUCCCCUCCUCUCACCUAUAUCGUUUCGUCUCGCCUCGCUCGUCUCAGUGCUGCCUGCUCUCCAUCCCUUGGCACUCCAACCCCACCCUCCCUCUCUCUCCCCGCCUGUCCCCUUGCACUCUUUACCUCGUUCUCGCCGCCUUGCCUCUUCACAUCCUCUCCUUCUCGCCCGCCUCGCCGCCUUGCCUCUGCCCCUCCUGCCAUGCAGACCUCGUUCAGAAGCGUGACAUGCGCUCAGCCUCACAGAUUCUUCUUUCAGGCAGCUCAGCAGGAGGGCAGGCGACAGUGAACCUCUGUGAUUGGCUGGCGUCGUCCUUCCCAUCUGCCUCCACGCGCUGCCUCGUUGACUCGGGCUUCUUCCUUGGCAAGCCUCCAACUCUGAAGCUGAAGCGUUAUUGCUAA